AUGACACGAAAACGAACUACACUCGCGCAUAUGACUUCCCUAGUCUUACUGCUGAUGCUUGUGUCUAGAACUGAAGCAAACUAUACUCUGGGCUUGCUUAUUCCUAUGACUGAUGCGGAUUACCCAGAGAAUGGACAAUAUUAUGCUUCCGCGAUGAGUAUUGCGGUGGAUGCUGUAAACAGACAGCAGAACCUCUUACCAGGUAAUAACAUUUCUUUUAUUUGGAACGACACUUCGUGCUGGAAGGAAGAUACGACCAUUCGUGGGUUAUUGCACCAGAUGUACGAAGCUAACGUUGCCGCGAUUAUUGGACCGGCUUGUUUGUGUAAUACUUCUGCCCGCAUUGCGGCCUCCUUUGACCUUCCCAUGAUUUCUUACGUAAGUACACAUUUUGAGUUUAUUCGUUUAGACAAGUGUAUGAUAGGCACGGUCCUUUAUUGUUUGCCUUUCUCAAGCUGUGUAUUUUCAACCAAAUUUUUGAUGCAAUUGGGUUUUUAUCAAGGAAAAUCAACUGAAACAGUUUCAUUUUUCUCACCUAUGUUUGUAACACCUUUUCCGUAAUGAAAUUCUUCUUAGUUAAUUUAUCGUUUUAAUAUUAGCAUGUUCAAGGAAAAUCGUAAGAGGUUUACAUCCCGCGGUAAAUUUAGACCGCAACAGCUGGUUUUAAUCAGUGAAGAAACUCCUAAAUUUUUUAAUAACGGAAAUCUCUUCUCCUUUUCUAUCCUUGAACCAUAACCCUGAAUGCACUGAACUCUUGGUUCAAUCGAAUUUUUCUCGCAGAUGGCCUCGCCUUUUUUCCUUGUUACUUUAUUUUUUUUUUUUUUUCGGUUUCCUCGACAUUUGAUAAUAUUCUUACUAUUUUAGCCCUCAUCGUUGGGUAUCGCUUCAGGGUGCCAAUAAGCCAAAGCUCUCACGCCUUUUGAAAGGCUUGCCACAAACUCCAAAGGUUACAUUGUCUGUGUUUUUAGGCUCAGCAUGUUGCGUUUGAUUAGUUUUUCUCCAGUUGGCAUAACCGCAACCGUUUGUUAGGUACAUAAAAUUAAUCAAUCUAGCUUAAAUUGAUAUAACCACUGUAUCGAAAACACUGUUUAACUGUAACCCGAAAAGAGAGGAAAUUUUCGGUUUUCGCCAAUGCUGAUCGGGAAAACUGAAAAAGGAAACCUAGGGGGCAUCGAUUGUGAAAUUUUUAAAGGAAAUAAAGUUGAGAAUUUAUGAAAGCGCACCAGGUGAGGGGAGAAAUACAAAAGCUCUCCGACUGUCCAAUAGAAAGAACGUAUGAAUAGUGGUUAGAUGUGACUUAAUAUUUUUUCUCUGCCAUAAAUACUAACGUUGCAUUGUCUUUGAUUUCGUAUUCAUACUGCAAAUGAAAGUCGGCCUCAUUUCAAACUUCAUUUCUGUUCACCCCAAAACUUUUCCUUCUUUCGUGAAUCCAACAUAAUUAUAGCUGAAUUUUAUUUCGGGUCGGAUUCAUGUUUUUGUCAUUGUGCACAUAUUUUUCCGGCUCUUUCUAUGGAAGAUACAAAGAGAGGUUUAUGGUGAUGUUUGAUUCAAGUUUGGGCAGAAAGGAGUCUAGCCUCCUGCAGCGAUCACGGAGAAGAAUUAUGAAUAAAAUUAUUAAUGUGAAGUUCAUCAAAACAAGUUGUUUGUCAUCAUGUUUCAACAAUCUGCUCUUUUUAAAGAAAAGAAAAAUUUUUGUUACACUCUAUUUCAAACAUAGCGACAUCAGUACAUUGUUAUUACUCAUUAUUGCCUCAAUGAGUGAAGAUUUAAGUUAUCAGGUGCUCCUCGAGAUUCAAUUGGAAUCGUGGCCACUAAAUUAUGGCCUCAAUUAUCUUUCUGAAAGGUGAAAUUGGAAUUCAUUUCAUCAGUUAAAAUGAAAGUGCCUGCAUAAGAAUUUUGACGCUGCCCUGAACGAUUAUCAGCAACUGAUUACGUCUUUAAAAAUCUACUCCGAGGAUGAGUACAACCAAUUUUUUUUUGGGGGGGGGAGCUCCUUUCCUAAACUUGGACCUUCCAACCGUCCUUAGAAACUUAAGACGGUAAAGAAAGACAUCGCGACAAUUUAUAGUACAUCAUGUCUGUUAUGUGGGUAGUCUGGACUCAAGACAAGUGGCCCAUUCAGUCAGAGGUUAUCCCGCUUUAGAAUGAAGCGACUAGGAAUAUUUCUAACCCACCCACCUCCCCCCCUUCCAGAUGGGAUGCUAUUCCAUCACAGGUUACCCCCCCAGCAUUUCACAAGGCUUCCCUAACAAGGGGUGAGGGAGGGAGGGGGCGGGGAAGGUUUUCUUAUCUCGAAAUCAAGGCCUCGUUUUCUCGUUGGAGUGUAUAAUUAGCCCUCUCUAGGGUCCGUUAUCUUGAGAUGCAGUCGGAUAGUUUUAGGAAAAGGUAAUUGGGACAGUCUGCGUGUGCAGAGUGGAUCAUGGACUUUGUACAGGGGGUGGGUGUCCGAUAGCAGACCUACAAAGGAGUAUUUUGCAUAUCCUUUCUCGUGGUCUGUGAUGUAAAGACAUGGUCGUACCAAAAAAAAAAGGAAGUGAAAGGAAGAAAAGAAAAACCUGUUCAGGCCACCGUGUUUACAAAUCAUUUCAUCCAAUCAUGACUAUUUUCUUCUUGAUUACCUCAGUUAUGCAGCAGUCCGGAACUUUUAAACAAGGAGCUUUACUCGACGUUUGUAAGAACGUACACCCAAACUACUAAACUUGCCGAGAGUGUUUGGUUGUUACUUAAAGAGUUCAAUUGGUACAAAGUGGGUAUUGCGUUCGAGCGACUUCCUCCUUGGAGUAACAGAAAGGACGAUAUUGUAAAGUUUCUUAAGAUGAGAGGGGUUGAGAUCCGAAUUGAGAGAGAGAUUCCAGAUGAGGUUGAAGAACGUGAGAAUCAACCGGCUAAAAUCAGACAGCUCAUGGAAGAAAUGAAACCGCAAGCGCGCAGUAAGUGUUUUUGGUUACCAGGUAGAUUUAACAAACGCAUCGGGUGAUGGUGGGUUGAUGCUAAUUGUGUGCCGAGAGUUGAGGGGUGGGGAUUGCAGGUUUUGGAUUCCUGGUCAUUUAGAGCUUGUUUUCAGUCAAAAGGGGCCUCAUGGAAGAGAUCCUCUCAGCUCAGAAUUGUUUCCUUUGUUCCACGCUUGUGAUAAGGCCAAAAGACAUAUUUCUACAAACAGAAACUCGGGAAUUAUGACGUCAUCUAUGCAUCUGUCCUCCGAUAGACCAAAAAUAAGAACCAAUCAUAAUGCGUGGGUAAUUCAGCUUAUUAUAUAAAUAUUACAUAAAUAUUUAACAAUUAUUCCUUGAGCGCGCGUUGGUUAUAACCAACUUCGUAUCCUACAAGCGCAAAUGGAAUAAUUUUUUUAUUAAUUUCAUGAAAAUCUCGAACGUCUGGAUAUUUGGCGCUCCUUUUCAGCUCCGCAACAGUUGGCGCGAUGCAUUUCCAUAUAAGGUGAUUGAGAAUAUGAGUGAACCAGUAUGAGUGAACCAAUCAGAACAAUAGAAAUGCAUUAUUUGGAGUUGGAAAUUUAAUUAAAGUAGAUAUUCACAUUAUUCCUUUUUUUUUGCAGUAAUUAUCAUUGCUGCUAAUUUCUACACUGCCCGUGAGAUGAUUCUUCCUGCUUACGAGCUCGGGUUCACCAAUGGUGACUAUGCAUUUAUCAUGUUCGAACUGGAUUACAAUGCAGUCUUACGCGGACAGGCUUCCCCUCGUUCAUGGUUCCUCGCCUCUUCGGAUGGGACCGAUAGGUUCCGAUGCAAGUUUCAGGAAGGGUUUGAAUCCGUGCUAACGCUUGCACUGGAUGUCGACGAAAGCAGAGGAGCCUUCGACAUAUUUCAGACCGACGUCAAAAAACGUUCGUCUGAAGUGCCUUUUCCUAAUAGUACCGCCUACCAAGGAUAUAUUUUUGACAACCCCUCCCUUUCACCACGUAAUACAACCACUGUAAGUAUCCGAUUUCUAUUUCUAACAGACAGAGCUGAAAAGCGUCUGCGUUUGUGAUGGAAUUCGUCUGGUUUCAGAAGUUUUUUGUGCUAUUGUUUGCACUUGAAGUACUACCUGGCCGAUGUUUGUGUUCUACGAUAAACGUCUCUAAAAGAUAUCUUAUAACCUAGUCCACUGACUGUCUGUGAAGAAAGCUUCAGGCAUAACUCAUCCGCGUACGUCUUCACCGCAGCUUACCCGAAGCAAAAAAAUAUCGCCGUAUGCAUUUUUCUGAGACUCUGGCAUUUUUCUUUAUUGUUUCUAGCCACCUGCUUGUUUCUGUAAAAAUUUAGGGUAGGGCUAACGUAUUUCAGCCGCUUCUUUCUUCGAACCUCUUUCUGUAGUUUAUCCAGAUUUCCUCCCUCCUUUUCAAAAAUAGCAUUCCAAAUAUCAUUGCGACCUGGAAAUAGCUUUCUUGUAGAGUGUCAACUGUUGAAAACAAAUUUUUUCCGAUUUAGUUGUUAUUAAAUGUUGUAUUUAGCACGGAAAGGAGGUAAUUCCUCUCGCGAACGCGAGUGUUAAUUCUUAAUUUCAUAAGGUUAUUAAUCUACCUCAUAAGCUGUCCCUCAGCAGAACUAUUUUACUCUUACUUGAAAAUCGUCAUUAGCCUUUUUUAACUCCACUGUGUAAUCUGACUGAAACAGUUUUGGGAUUAAUUCCUUCAAUUUCAAUCUGCAGCCACCAAUGUAUGCAGCCUUCCUUUACGAUGCAGUCUACCAGUAUGCCAUCGCAUUGAACGAGACAAUAGCUCGGAACGAGAAACCAAACGGGAAAAACAUCAUUUCCAAGCUACUGAACAGGGAAUACGACAGUAAGUAGUGUGAAGCUACUCCACAUUGCAUGAAAAGCUGGAAGAGUUUAGAUCAUAUGUACCUUAGAACCUCUCCACCAUUUAGGUAAGUCCUUGAUUGUGAAACAGAACAAUUUUUUUUAUUUUUCACGGACCACAAUUGAACAGUGCUAACCAUAAGCUUCGCCUAAAUCCUCAGCUCAACUUUCUAUUCUUGUUACUCGCCGUAAAGAUCUUUUUUCUACUCCUUUGGCAGGUAUCGGUGGUCAGCGAGUUUUCAUUGACAAGAAUGGAGCUGCUGAAGUUGACCUGGUCCUUUUGGACAUGCGCUGGGAAUUCACAAGUACGUUGAUAUUAGACUUAUUUCAUAAUCGAUUGAAGUAGUUAUAUGGCAUUUCUGAUUAAAAGUUUUUCUUACCUUCGCUCUCAUGCUAUUUCAACUCACGUCCUCUUGUUUUGAGAUUCUGUUUAGAGUCCUGAACUUAACCGUAUGAACAAAAUAUGGGAAAAUUUCGAAUACUUAUUUAGAGAAGUGCCCGUUACAUUUGAUUCAGCAUAGUCGCACUUUUCUUCAUUGCACAUCUUGGCGAUCAGUUUAUACAUUGAGAAAUUACGCAAACGCAAAAAAGGUUGCUCUUAAGAAUCUCGAAAUGUUGUCAGUUUCAUUAUUUUUCAGUUUCGGUUAUUUUCAAAAAAAUUAAUCCGCCGACGAUUGCUUCGUUUCUUGAGACAAUGAGUGAUUCAUGCAGAUUUUCUCGGCUAUCACAGGAGAAAAUUGCCCAAAGAAUGCCUCUAACACUGCAACAAUGGUACCGGUCGGAAACUUUAAGGUCACCUAUACCAACAGCAGUGAAGUCAGCUUUUCCUUCAAGCUCUCACAGAAUGAAAAGAUCGAAUGGCCAGGAGGUUCUCCGCCUGAGGAUAGCCCAAAGUGCGGUUUUGAUAAUGAUAAAUGUAACCCCCCGGAUUCUCCUGUUGGUGAAAGUGGUAUGACAAUUUAUUACAUGACUGGCUCUGCGAUUCCAAUCUUUCCCACUUGGGAGAGACGUGUGGAACACGGAAAUAUGAAUCCAAACAAAUAAUGUUUCCUUUUAGCCUUAGGAUGAAAUAUUUUUGUCCGAGCUGAGCUAGAUAUUGAUAUCGCUUUUUGAUACGUGUCGUAAAACUCCGCUUCGUCUUGGCCCCUAAUACGAGGCGACCUCACGCUGGGUGGUUGGUCCUUAAACACUCGGAUGCCUUGGGAUCGAUUUAUACCUUCCCUAAAAAUGAAAAAAAAAGAAUGUCAUCCGGCAUCGAUCCGUUUUUAAAGGUGGAUUGAAAAUGUGUUUUGAUGCAUUAUGGUUGAGAUAACCAAACUUUUCUCAAUGAGUUUGAAACGCCGUUAUCCGGGUGGUAGUACGCUGAACUCCGGUUCGAGAAGUCCGCAGUGCUGUUCCGACUGAAGUGAAUUGGUACGACGCGUCACUUGUCGAGCGCCCCUCUUUACCCAGGAUUAAUGCAUGCAGAUAGCAGCCAUGUGUGUUACCUUACAAUGCUAGAGGAAUUCAUGGUACCUUCAUGCUGCUAACAUCGAGAUAUAAAGAAUUUACCGAAGUUAAGUAGGACUUCUUCGUUUAUCUCGUAUUUCUAAUUUUUUAUUUGUUCCUUUAGUGAAAAUGGCGAUCAUCGCUGGAAUAUCUGGCUUUGCUGGUCUUCUCAUUCUCCUGUUUGGCGUCAGCAGGAUAAGGUUGGUUUCGCUGGUUAUUAAAUGUUUUUCACCUUGUGAUAAGGUUAAAACAACCAUGUCUCUAUACUGCAAAACGAAAAUUAUUUCCAAAUGUGCCGAACACUCGACUAUUGACAUCGCAGUUUUGGAUCUUGCUCAGCAGCCUGGCCUCACAUCUCUGACGUAAGGAAGUUUCAAUCCUCUCCCUCUUCCAAUUAGGAGCUACGCUAAUCGACAUUACUGAUAAUGACGAUUUUUCUUUUUGAUCUUGCGAAAAACAGAGCAGUAGUUUGCAAUCCGCGUAAAAAGUUUUUACGCGUGGUGCAAUUCGUCGAGUUGUUUUCAAUUGGUGGCGUUUAAAUAUGAUGUAUUUGAGAAAAAUUUUAACCGCGGUCUGGUUACUUGCUGUGCACCAGUUAGGUUCUCUUUAAGAUGAUUCUGGUAUUCUUAUGUGGGUUUAUUUUCCUCAGACAAAUUAGGUUGGAGAAAGAGUUAAAGAGUUUACUUUGGAAAAUAAAUUAUGAGGAAAUUGCCCUUAAAAGAUCACAUACAGGUCCAGCCGCGUUUACAGAUGAUGAACACUUUGAUUUACCCAAAGACACGGAGGUACAUGCGUUUUUUUAAUUUUUAUAAUGGUGAUGACCGCUUAGACGAAGAUGUUCACGAUGGUACUAAUAACAAAAACUGACAAUGGGAAUGAUGAUUACCAUGGCUUUAACGAUGGCACUGAUCAUGACGCAGGGGAUUAUGAUGCCAUGAGAGCACAGGACAGGUCGUGAUAUAUCGCCGGGGGGGAGGAGUCGGGGAAUUUUGGUUCCGUCACAAUAAUAUUUACCUGGUCCCCCUUAAGGCUCUGCAAUAUUCUCACGAUUUCCGCUCACUGGCAGUUAAUUGGCAGUCAAGUUGACUUAAAUUUUAAACAAGCGAUGAGGUAUAGGAAUUAAUGUGACUUACUCUUAAAAUGGUCAAGGGCUCAUUUUAAAACAUUUUUUUUUAGGAAUACACAUCAAUUGAUCCAUAGUACUGUUGACUCACAAUUUUCGUUCUGACUCUGUUACAGGAAACGGAAGCACCAUUGCUGAUGGAUUCAUUUAUGAAUGGUGACAUUAUUGGCGACUCCACCCGUUUUGGAUUUUUUAAGGUUAGGUUUUAGAAGUAGUCAGGUGCUUUACCUGUAGAUAAAGUCAUGUCAUAUUUUUUUCUAAUGUUCUCUGCCUUAAACGAAUAUGGAAGCGAUCCUCGCAGUUAUGAAUACUUCUUGGGUAGUCGUGAAAAUAAGGCUCGUACGGGAUUUGAACUCAUGACCUCUGCGAUACCUGUGCAGCGCUCUACCAACUGAGCCAACAAGCCAACUGGGAGCUGGUCAUUAGGUUGGUUCCAAAUAAACCCUCGAAGUGGAGAAGAAAUGACUGUAAAUAUUAGAAAAUCAUAUAUAUGAACUGCGGUUGAAGAAACUAUGCCUAACUUUUUUCGUACCAGGGAACCUCAGUUGUUGUUAAGCGAGUUGGGACAAAACAUGUUGACUUGACACGUUCAGUGCUCCUAGAAAUGAAACAGGUAAAUUGAGUUUCUAUUGAUACCACUGCCCACUUAUUUGUCAUUCGCUUGUUGUGUUAUUCAAAUAUUUAUCAUAAGUAGUCGAUUAUUAGUGUUAUAGUCUCUUAUGAAUUUUAUUCCCAUUUUUUUUUUUUUGCACGCAGAUGCUUGAUAUCCGUCACGAUAACCUUUCGCACUUUAUUGGCGCUACCGCUGAUCCUCCGAAUAUUUGCAUCGUGUCUGAAUUCUACUCUCGUGGGAGUCUUGAGGUAAGUGUCCAAUAUCGGACGGUUGCCUUUAGCUCACUCAGUGAUAACAUCUUGGGCUUGCCAAUCUGAUUCUUUGUAUAGUUUAGCAAUUGAAAAGGUUAUUGUGAAGGUCUCACAUGAUCCUAAAUUGCUACUAUUUUUGUGGGAGUAUUGAGAUUUUGCUGUGCCAUAAAUAUAUUAUGAUUAUUAAUAUUAUUACUAUCACCAAAUUUUAAGCUUUAAUCAAAUAGAUACGAAUUGGUCAAAAGAAAACCGCAAAUCGUAUUUCUCCGUAGUCGUGCUUGCUUCUAUGCUGUUAUUGUGCUUCUUCGAGUUUGAUGUCUUUUUACGCUUUAUUUCUGCUAGGAAAUCCUGGAAAAUAAAGAUGUAAAAUUGGAUCACAUGUUCAUCUGUUCACUUGUUAAUGACAUCGCGAAGGUAAUCAAGAUCGAUAACUUAGUGUUUGCUCCGUAACCACAACCACGAAAAUCGCCAAAACCUGUUUCGAAAAACUACUGGCACUGGACAAUAAUUUCCGAAGAUAGCCGAAUGUUACGGACUAAAACUAACACUUGCCUACUUACACCACCAUGACAAAACCCAUAAUCCUUUAACCCUCAGAAGUGAUUAUACAUACAUCUUCUCCCCGUAAUCUCCACACAUUAUCCAGCCAACAUGUAAUGAGAAUACUCAAACUUAUCAGGUAGAAGUUAGUAGUCUUGAUUUAACACCAAAUUCUCGUGACUUGUUUACAAGGAAAUCUUGGGAGUUAAAGGGUUAUGAGACUAUAGCCGCACAAAAAUGAAAUAUGAACGAAUUUUGUUGAGUAACUCGAUUACUGGUUGUGUGAUCCUCUCAAAAAGAAAUUUCGUCGGUGGCUCCGGCUGAUGUUUUGACAAACUGAUGGGAAGUCAUCGUUAGUAAACGAUUAUUCCACAGGCGCACGUUGGGUAUGCCGGAGGAUAGACGGGCCGGAUUGGCAUAAUUGUUUGAUUAAAAAUGCCCCAAAAUAUUCAUAAAUCUUCCCCACUUUAUUUUGUAAACUUUAUUUGUUUGACGCGUAAAACUACCAUAUUUGUAGAGAAUGGUAUAAUGGCUCAUAACCAAUGAUGGCUAAGCCGAUGGAAACUCUUGAAUUGCAUCAUCUAAUGAACCAAUUUUAAAUAAAAUGAGAAAUCCCCAAUCCAUCGACCUGUUAGCGACUUUUGCCCCCCAUCGUCUUUCGCUGCUGCCGACAACAUCUCGUAUUAUAAAACCAUGUACGAUAACAUUUGGCUCUUGUUUUUCAUAGGGAAUGGGUCAUCUUCAUUGCACGGACAUCAAGUCACAUGGAAGUCUCAAGUCUUCCAAUUGUUUAGUGGAUAGCCGCUGGGUACUAAAAAUUGCAGACUACGGACUUCCGACCUUUCGUUCGAAACUAACGAAAACUUUUAAAUAUACUGAAUCUUAUUACGAAGGUAGGUAGGAAUCUCAGCUUUUUAAGCUGGAAUUUGCGAAGUUAGUUUAUGUGCGUUGUGACGCAUGUAAGUAUACAGAGGUACAAAGAUACGCUGGAGUGUUCUUAGUGGUUCUCUGACUUCUUGGGAGACCAGUCAUCAUUUAUCGCGGGGGGAGGGGGUUGGGGGGGUUGAUAAUUUUUUUUUUUUUUCAGGGGGGGAAUUAAAUGUGUCCAAGGGGAACGGAGGGGGGAGGGGUCAGUCGCCGUCAACAGAGUAUAAAGGGGAAAUCAUAACAAAAUGGCUGCCAAUUAACUGCCAACUGCGGGGGAUCUUGAUAAGAGAUAGUGUAUGGGGGGGGGUGUCAAGUAAAUUUUAUCGUGACACAAUCAAAAGCCUACUACCCCACCCUGGCGAGAAGUAAUGACCGGUUCCGCAUGAGCUAUGAUAACGAGGACAAAAUGGAAUAUUUCCACCUCGGUACGCCCAAGUUUCCUAAGUGAAAAAAGAUAAUGAUAAAAAACCUCAGGGCAAGGAUAAGUUAAGUUCUUGAUACAAAGCCAAAUUACAGUCGGACUUUAGCUCUCAAGAUCUGAUUGUUAAUUCUCCCUUCCAGCUGAUACACAUUUGCUCAGGAAAUAGUUAGGAGAAUUUAGUGUUAGAUCAAGAUAACAACUUCUACAUCAUGAUGAUGAGUAUUCUCAUAACCUGGUUGCCCUAUAAUGUAAAGAUAAUUUGGGGAGAAGUUACAUGUUUAUCACUUCUGAGAGUUAAUCCAUAGUGAAUUCAUCACACACCUUGCAUUUACACAGCGAAUGAACUAAUGAUUUCAUUUACCUCGUGUUUCAGAUUUGUUAUGGACGGCUCCUGAAAUUCUUAGACUAAGCAGUCGUCCUGUAAAUGGAACACAGGAAGGAGACGUGUACAGUUUUGCCAUCAUCUUGCAAGAAUUCCACACACGAGAAGGGCCUUACAGUGCAAACUACAUGCAGCCAGAGGGUGAGACAAAUCGUUAUGAGAAAAGUAGUUUGAAAUUUCUCUAUGUGACAAGUAAGGUUAUUCUUACAAGCCAGGCAUGAGACUGUCUCUUAGUAACUCUUACAAGUUCAGUAGCUACACGAAGGAGUGACGCUUUGUCAGUUGGAAAUAAGUUUUUACUAAAAUGACAUUUUGCAAAUUUAAAAAGAUGAAAAUAAAAAAUCACGAGUCAGUCAGUAGGUGUAAAUCAAUCAAUUGAUCGAUCAACCAGUCAGUCAUUAGGUCUGUCAGUUGUUCAGAUAUUUAAUCACUCAGUCCGUUAGUUAAUCGAUCUGUCAGUCAGUUCGUUAGUCUUUAAGUCAGUCAGUCAGUCAGGUAGCUAGUCUGUCAUGAUCAUAUGUCAGCCAGUUAGGUAAGCCAGGUUACCAAGUGAAAAAAAACAACCACCAAAUCAAAACUCUCGUUCAAAUCUUUCUGGAGUCGUGUUAGUUUUUCAAACCCUUGUAGGACCUCUGAUCAAACAGUCAGGCAGUGAUCAAUAACAUGCCAAUACGUCAAUAAAAGAGUGACUUUCUAUUCACUUUCAUUCCCAGAAAUUGUAAAGAGAGUUACAGAGGCCGAAAUACCGCCCUUUCGCCCCACGGUCGUCAACCUUAUCACUGGAGUGGAAGAGCUCCGAGAAUUAAUGAAAUUAUGCUGGGAGGAAAAGCCGGAAGCUCGCCCAGAUUUUCACGAUAUAAAGAAGACUAUGCACAGAAUUCUUAGUAACAGUGGCAUGUAAGUGAUUUAUCUCAUGUCCUUUAGGGUCAUUUUGAGAAAGUUUUUUUAUCGCUGUGGAGCACCAGCGGGACCAAGAAAUUUUAAUGAAUGUCAUGUUUUUAAGUCGGGUAUAUAAGAAUUGAUUUAGAAGCGGUGUACCGAGUUUUCUUGCAUGACUCCAGGCUAUGUUUUUCGGUUUGAAUUAAGCAUUUUGCAAAGCCUUUCGUUUUUUGGAAAGGGAGGCUAAGGUUGACCUUAAAAUGUUGACCACUCUGAAAGCGUUAGGAUUCAUGUAAACAUGCCUACUUAAGUAUACCUCUUUCCAUUCCCUUCGAAUUUUCUUUUUAGCGAUUGUGCUAACCUGGUAGAUCCUUUUCGAACCUUAGGAAAACAAAUAUUUUCGACAAUGUGGUGUAUAUGAUGGAGAAAUACGCGGACAAUCUUGAAGAUCUUGUAAGCGAAAGAACUGUACAGCUAAUGGAGGAAAAGAAAAAGACAGACGCCCUGCUGGACAGAAUAUUACCACGGUGAGUUUCCUUUUAAAUUUUUCUGCGUACUAAAAACCUGAAAAUAGAGAAUAAAGCCAAAAGGGUGAAUCCUCCACAAAAGCCGUUUUCCCAACGAUAUCCGUGUCGUGCUAUUUCUAGACUCACUGUUUCUCACCGUCGAUGUCUUUGCAAGCCAUAGGCUGCGUAUUUUUUGGGAAUUUCACACACGAGAUUGAUCGAUUUAAUAACAACUGGGACUGAGAGCGACUGUGACCCAUACAAAGAGUCAGUUUCCCUUUGAUGCUCUCUUUCAAACCAAGGACAUCACAUUGCUUGUCUGAUGCAGUGCAGUUGUUGAAACGUCGCGAGCUACAGCUUGACUCGACGGUUGAUAGUGACACGUUAUUUCGCAUGUUUUCUCUUCUAGUCCCGUGGCUGAGCAGCUUAAAAGGGGCAAAGCAGUGGAAGCGGAGAGUUUUCAUGAAGUGUCGAUCUACUUUAGCGAUAUUGUGGGAUUCACACAGCUUUCAUCAGACAGUACACCAAUGCAGGUAAAUACAAAACAUUUCAAGACACCUAAGUGUACAUCUUCUCGUGCAACUGGAGGAGUUGCUUUGAAGCCUGCUGAACUGUUUAUUGUGCUUAACUUGAGUUGCUCAAACUUGCCUUUCAUCGUUGACUACGGGUGAUGUCCACACUGAAUGCACACAUGAGCGUUAGCGCAAGUAAAAACAGCUUGGAUGCAAGCACAGUCAUAAGCUCAAUUUUGCCGAUAUUAAGAAUAUCUGCUGGACGCAGAGAGAUUGAACGAGUGUAUCAGUGUCGCUAGUGAAUAUCUAGCUUAACUGACUGGUUUACUAAAUAACAGACUGACUGACAGAGUAUUGCCUGGCUGACUGAUUGGCCGGCAGGUCGUCUGGCUGAUUAGCUAGCUGACUGAAUGACUUGCUGGCUGACCGACUGGCUGAGUACAUGACUGAAUGAGUAGCAGGCUGGCUGACUGACCAAGGGACUGACUCACUGACUGAUCGUCUGAUUACAGACGUGCUUACACACGAACAAGCCAUCUAUUGAUUAGUUGGCUUUCCUUCUAUCACUCAUCAACUGACGUCUUGUACAAGUUCGAUAUGUUCUUUUUUACCUCUUGAUAGGUUGUGACGUUUUUGAAUGCCCUGUAUACAUUGUUCGAUGACAUCAUAAGGGAGUUUGAUGUUUAUAAGGUAAAUUCUCCUUUUCCCAUAUUCGCUUAUAACGUUUUGCAAUCGAUGCAUCAAUUAACCGAUGUUUAAUUGAUCACUCAGUUUAACCCCUAGGCCCUAUAAAUUCAAUCUUUCUUUUCUCGUUUUCUUAGGUGGAGACAAUUGGUGACGCGUACAUGGUUGUAUCAGGUCUACCAAUUAGAAAUGGCGAUAGUCAUGCUGCUGAAAUUGCAGGCAUGGCUCUUCAUCUGAUCGCUGGAGUGAAGCAGGACUUUGUGGUGCCUCAUAGGCCUGAUCAUAAAAUUGAACUGCGUGUUGGUAUACAUAGUGGUGAGUUUAAAACUUCUUGUAUGCACUUAAAUUUUAUUCUAUCCGUUCUAGUUUCCUUGCAUAUUUUGGUCCAAACGACCAUACUAUACGUGAGACAACCGACUAUACAUACUCCAUAUAUAAUUGUACACACCGCUAUGACUUAACGAUAUUUUCCUCUUUAGGUCCAGUUGUUGCAGGAGUAGUGGGAAGUACUAUGCCUCGUUACUGUUUAUUUGGGGAUACAGUGAACACUGCGUCUAGGAUGGAGUCAACUGGAGAAGGUUGAGAUUAAAUAUGCUUGCCAAAAUGUGAUACCUCAUUUGUUUUUCUUUUUUUCUCUCAUCUUGCUCAUUCAGUCACUAUUUGGCUAAAGUUAUCUGUAGUGAAACCGUUUUGUGGAGUUUUUUGCCUAUUAUUUUCGAGACUUGUUUGUAACUGCUUACGAAUAGGCAACAAAGCUUUUUUUCUUCAGUGCCGAGGUUGUGAUGAAUUAAGAAUCUUUCUUUAUUUGGUCAUCUCUGAAAAUUUGAUAACUUGUUUUUAAUCAACUGAGUUGAUAAUGUAAAUUGGUCACCGCAAAGAGUUUCUAAAACGUCAGCUUUUCAACUCUUUACGGUGGCCAAUUUACAUAAUCAACUCAAUUGAUAAAAGCAAAUUAUCCUGUUAUACUCUUCCACCGACGCAGUACCACAGUUUCUAUGAAAACGUACCCACUUCAUCUCUGAAAAUCGGUUGAUUUGAUGGAUCCGCAGCAUAAUCUAAUUAUGAGUAUUUUUCACUCUUUGUUGUAACCACUUUUCUGUUUUUGAGAUUCUUAAAUUGAUUAUUUCAUUUUCCCUGCUUUAUUCAUAUCUUCAGGUUUAAAAAUUCACAUAAGUGAGGCCACAAAGAAACUCCUUGAAAAAUUAGGAGGUUUUAGAAUCGAGGAAAGAGGAGAUGUGUUCUUAAAGGUGAGGUAUCCGUUGUAACUUUUUAAAAGUGAUUUUUGAAUGACGUCUCCUUAGGGUUGUGUCCUACCAUUACAAGCAUUGCCUAUAAGUUUACUUGGCUUACAACCCUCAACGAUUAAAUUAACAACAUCAGCAUUCGUUGUCCCUUAUACUCCAACUGUCUAAAUUCAAAUCAAAUCUAUAUCAAAUGCCUCUAUCUUCCGUUCAAGUAAGUUUGGUUAAUUUACUGCUGGAUCGACCUGUGAAUAGUCCUUUGAAUACUCCCUUGACCCCGAAGAGAUCAUAUCUAAAUCAAACAUCAAGGUAACGAGAAUAUCGGAAAUGAUCACCAACUGAAGAAGCCCUUGAUUAUGAAACAUGUCAAAUUCUCCUCUUCAUCAACUACAGAAAUCUCGAAUUCGUGAUGUUACUGUGAAAAUUGAUUUUGACACUCAGUCCUCACUCGUACGUUUGUGUGUUGUUUACCAAACCACCCUAUGCUCUUUCCCAUUUAAACCUUAAACGCAACUCUUACAAAGUGUCUUAGUAAGUGUAACCUCCUUUUUCGUACAUUCUACACCAAAAUGUAUUUAUCUAUUCACUUAACCCUUUGCACCCAAAUAUCAGUAUGGAUAUUCUCCAUACUGUUCUCUAUACAUUUCCCAAGUUGCUGACAAGGAGAAUUUGUUUAUCAAUCAAGAGAAUAUUUCGUUGGUGAUCAUUUUCUUCAUUCUCGUGACCUUAUUGUGUGAUGCAGGGGUUACACUAUUGGGAGAAAUUAGAUGCUAAUCACUCUCAUGGGUUAAAAGGUUAAUUCUCCUUCCCUUAGGGCAAAGGAACGGUAAAAAGUUAUUGGCUUGUGGAUUUCGCGAGAAAGACACCACGCUUUAGUCGGCGUUCAUUUAAGAGAGUUAAAGAACACUCAGACCAAUCCCCGGGCUUACUUGGAAUAUUGGAAGCUCCGCCAUCUCCCUGCAGGGUAUCUCGGACGUCUUCUCUCAGAAGAACUAUGAAAUCUAUGCAGCCUGAACCUCAAGUAGCGAAAGGAAAACACGUAGUUGACGCAAACGAUAAAUCGGACGAUUUCUCGUCUGUUUGACAUCGAACUAUUGAGUCAUCAUACACGAAGUACAAGGCUUGGAGAUUACAUCUGACGGAAUUGUCGCUGACUACAAGAGAUAUUCUAUUAUACGCUUAGAUGCUGGAAGAAUUUUUGUUGUGACGCACACCUCAGUGUGCUUUUGAAUACGUCCAAUCUAGUUUGCUACCUUAGUUUGCUUUCGGUGGUUUUCUCAAGUCUGGUAACAACGAGCUAAAUACAGAGUUCCAGUCUCCAAGCAGAAACCCAUUUAGGAGAAUCGCCAUCGACACAAAGAUAUGUACAUCAUUCCCAUGUGCACAGUUAUUCAAUCAUUCAAAUAAUCUUGUGUGGCCAACAGUUUAAAAUGAAUGUCAUAGUUAUGCAAUGCGGAGCUAUAUUUUUGAGGAUGUAGAAAUAGGAUUUAGAAUUACUUAUGAUGAGGAAACAACGCGCAAAGAAAUUUAUGCAAUAUAUAAUGCAUGUCCCGCUGCAGAUGAAAAACUAGAAAUUUUAUUAGAGUAGGUAAAUGCUAAGACAUUGUUGCUAAUGCGUAAUCAAAUAAUGAACAGAAAUGGGCUUAACCGGUGCUAUUGCGUUUGUAGCGCAAAUGUUCACGGAAGUGUAGAAAUCCUUUUUAUCUAUUUAUAGCGACUAAGAAAAGUUUUUUUAGAAGGCUUUUUAUUUUUUGUUGCAAAAGGAGCCAAGACGAACUUUCAAGCAAGCCUUUCUUCCCAAAAUUUAUCAUGAAAAUUUUUAUCGUAAUAUUAACGUGACUUUGCAUAAACCGUACACGGACGGUCUUUGAACAAAACAUGGCCUCCGAGAACUUUCGCUGAAAUUAAAUUUAAUUCAAUUCUUUCGUGGUCGAUUUUCUCCACCGAAGGUUGAAUUGGUAUGUUACAGCCAGUUUAUCAUCCCAUAGUUAAAGGUUCUAUCUCCCUAUGUCGGAAUCUCCAACCCAUCUUGAUAGCUUUGCCAACAGUAAACCAAAGGCAAACCAAGCUGUAUUACCAUUUUCGCCCUAAUACACAGUUCGUUACUGCCACGUACCUUUCCAGCCACAGUCAAAUCCCAAAAGUGUUUCAUACUUGUCUUUCUUUUCAAUUUAAAGUUUCCUAUAGUGUUUACACCGUCAAAAUUUGGAAUAAGAAAAUAAUCACAACAAUAAUAUUAACCGUAAAUGAAUAAAUACAUUAUUCAAGGAAGACAAAAAUGGACAAAGAUUUUUUUUGUAAUCAAAGAUUUUGCAUAUUUACACCAAAGGAACAAUGUAGAUAUUGUAACUAUACAAUAUAUUAGGAAUAAAGAGCUGGUAACCUUGUCC